AUGGCGUCCGAGUUCCCCGAGGGCGGCCUCUCCACACAACCAGGCCGAGCAGCGUUUAUCGUGACCGUCAUCUCCAUCGUGUUGGUGACCAUCAGUCUUGCCCUCCGCCUCUGGGCUAAAUUCAUCCGCCGGCGCCGCUUCAUGACCCACGACUACAUCUACUUUGCGGCCUAUGUUAUGUCCGUAGGAUACUCGGCGCAGUUCCUCUACGGGAUCUCCCCAAAUGUCAUCGGCAUGCAUCUGGAGGAUGCGGUCCGGUUGUAUCCCGAUAGAGUGACGAGGGCGCUGAAGAUAAUCGCCGCCAGCACCUUCAUCUGGGCCUUCGCGACAACCCUCGUCAAACUCUCCCUGCUCUCCCUAUACCUCCAACUCUUCCAAUCGCAGCUCCUCUUCCGCAUCCUAGCCUACAUAGUCGCCACACUGAGCGCCAUGCUCGCGCUGUCGGGCAUUCUGCUGGGCAUCCUCUUCUGUCAGCCCUUCGCGUACAACUGGGACCACACCAUCCAGGGCGGCCACUGCGGCGACAGCCCGAAAUUCCAGCUCUCAACCGCCAUUGUGAACAUGCUGCUCGACUUCUUCGUCGUCCUCCUCCCGAUGCCGGUUCUCUGGAGCCUGAAGAUGAGCCGCAAGAGGAAGCUCAUGCUCAGUGCCAUUUUUAGUCUGGGACUCUGUAUUUGCGCAAUGAACCUAACUCGCGUGAUAAUCGUGGUAAACCAAAACAGCGCCGACGUCACGCACGAAAUCGCCCGCAUCGGCCUCUUUUCCGUCCUCGAGGUCAACGUCGGGAUGAUCUGCGCCGCCUUGCCAACCUGCGGCCCGCUCUUCUUCAAGGAUUCCGGACGCAACUCGGGUGGCGUCUUUGGCGGCGAUGGGUCCGGCUCGUCCUCGGGGAAGAUGAACUCGUUUAUGCGGAGGAAAGUUGCCGCAGGCUUGGGUGGGGGUCGUUCGGGGAGUAGUCUAGGCAAGGAGCCGCGGGUUGGGGUUUUCACCGGGGAGACUGGGUUGAGUACCGUUGAUGAGAGUAGGUAUGAGUGUGAGGGCGAGGAUGAAGAUGAGGAUGAGGAUCCCCAGCGUGACGCGGAGGGCGGGGAGGAUGCGGUGCCGUUGAGGGAUGUUGGGGCACGGGCGAGGGCUGUUGGAGGGGACAGUAGGCAGAGUGAGAGGACAGCUUCGAAUAUGGAGAAUGGGAACGCGAUUCACAUUCGGACGGAUAUUUAUGUCGCUUGA